CCUUCUGUUGCAUGACACAUUACACCUCUAUAUUUGAAUACUUACAUAUAUAUUUAAGUACAUUUGUUAAUACGUAUCAGUUUGGUAGUGGGUAUCUCGAGAAGGUAAUAGUAGCCCCCUAUAGGGCCCUAUCGAAAUUCGGCUCUGUUGAUUGCUUAAUUUUCCUGGUUCUAAAAACAGGUCCGUUUUUAGAGUUUUUCAUUUACGAGUCGCUAGUUUUUCAACUUUGUCAUAAGAGUUUGUUUUGCUGCUUACAAGGUCUACAUACAUACAUUGCUUGGUUUAUUUGGCUUGGACCACACUUCUUAUUUUCAAUUAAUGUUUCGUUUGGAAAAAUAGCAACAGUUUCUAUCUUUUGCGGUUCUUCGUUUCGCCAUCAUUUGGAGGUGUCUUCAUAAUUUAGAAUUCCUCCAAAAAAUAUUUUCUGAUGCUAUAUACAGAGCCCAUGUCUUAGUUACAAAAUAUUUGGGAACACAUGUCAAUAAGUAUGUUCAGCACCUUGGUGGAAAAAUCUUCAUUUUAAUUGCGAUGAGUGGCAACGCCAAAACCAAAAAGAAAACGAAAAGGAGAACAGAUGUUAGAUCAAAACAAAGCGCCAACGGUUGUCAAACAUGUCUCUAACGUACAUAUUAUCAGCGCUUGAUUGUAAAUUCUUACUUUAUCUGGAUGGACAUAAGUGCCACUAGUGAUUCCAACAAGCCGAUAACCAUGAAAAAACUUGUGUGGAUAAAUUGCGCCCCAGGAGGCAGAAUGAUGACAGUGUUCGUGCUUUUAGGAAAAGCAAAAAGAAUCUUGCUAGUGGACUGAUAGCUGAUGUCACGUUGAGUAAUGAAAAGUCUAUCGAUAAAAGCUGUGAGCCGCUUUCAGAAAAACGUCUAUGUAGAAUGCGACUAAAUGCAGAAGCACUUUUAUACCUACGGCAUCGUGAAAAACACAAGCGGUUAAAAUUGAGCUCUAGAAUUAAUCGAAGCACAGGAGACAUAGUUUCGAAUACGAGUCGAGGAUACGCUAGGAAUCGAUUGUUGAAGCGUGGCGUUGUACCAUCAAUUUAUGAAAACUCUUCUAAAGCAUCGGAGACAAAAACUACGACUGACCAGCGUUUGCUCGUCCAUGAUACUCCCACUGCUGAAAGAUCAGAGCCCUGCGUAAAAGAAAACUUAAAAAUAAUAAAUUUAGUGAAGACCAAUCCGUUGGUAUACACUAGUCUGUCGAUGAAAGUGCGAAAUGCAAUUUGGCAGAAAAUUGACACCGCAUGUGGAUUUAAAAAACAUGAAUCCAAAAAACGUUGGGAGCGACUGCUUAGCGACUUUUAUGUGCACAUACUUAAAGUGUCCAAGAAAAGACCACCAAACGACGGACUGCCAACACCUAAUAACGGAAGCAUCAAAUUUCAUGACUAUCGCUAUUUCAAAGAAAUGCUUUUCAUGAUGCCCUUUAUCAAAAGCAUUGUGGGCGAUGCUAAAUUAAAAGCGAUACAGGAAGAAAUAAAAAAGGAAGAAAUUCUUACGGCUGAUAUGCAAGCAAACAGAAAUAUGGAGUCAGAAACAGAAUUGAAGACGAUUGACAUCAGUGAAGAUAUAACUGAAGACACUGAGAAACCUUCCACAUCCAAAUCGCUUACAGUUAGAUCCCACAAAGAAACACACAUGGAUUACGUAACUGAUAAACAAAAAGAUGAAAGUCCUAUCGAAAUAAAAAUCGAUAACAAGGUUUACAAAAUUCAAAUGUGUACUUCAGAAGACUCAGAAUCUCCUAAUUAUGAUUUUCAAAUAAAACAGAGUAAGUUAAAUACUUUACGCACAAAAUCACAUCAAACAUGUUCAACAAAUGCUGCUACAACUACUUUAACGACAACAGACACUAUGACGGAACGUAAGCAGGCGACGCCCUACGAGAACUUAUCAUCGGAAGAAAAGGGCUUGAAAGCAUUUUUUGACGCAAUGUUAGGUGCAACACAACGGUUACCUGAAUUUCAUCAGCGUCGCAUUAAGGGGGAUUUGGUGAAAGCGUUACGACAUCAAGGAGUCAACAUAACGGAAUAGUAUAUUAUAAUAGUGUCAUAAAACAGUAUUACAUCUUUUCUUUUAGUUUAAUUUUUUUAUUUGUAUUCUAAGAAUAUUUGAUAUUGUGCAAGAAAUUGACUUGAAAAAAUUAUUUUCGAAAAAACUGUUUUGAAA